GCUAACAGAGUUGUUGGAUGUUAAAAUAAGGUGUUAAAUAAAAAAUGAGGAACAUUCUGGAUCCGUUUCUUUCCUCGUCUUUAUUUUUUAUGGAUUAUAAGAAGUAUCGGAUCGGGACUCGGUAUCGGCAGAUACUCAAAAUCAAAUGAUCGGUAUCGGAUCGGAGGCCAAAAAAACCUGAUCGGGACAUCCCUACCUAUCUAUAAUCCCUAAUGGGAUGUCAGACAGAUUUUAUCCUGUUUACGGUGGGCGUUCCCACUGCGAAAGAGAAACCAAUCGAAACCGAAAGAGUGAAAGUGAUUACCAUGCUAUUACCGUCCCUGUGUCCGAAAUUGCUCUCUCGUUCACUAGUCCCUGUGAGUGCAUUAUAUAGUGUAAUAAUCCUCACUAUCGUUUCGGACAGCACUACAGAACCGCGUCCUCACUAUAUUUCGGACACGGGUUGUCAAAAGACGCGCGCGCCCUCUUUCGAAUGCUGAUGUAAUCAAGCUGGAAGUUUUGUUUGUUUUGAUAGCAAUCAGGAAAGUUUGACAAAAGUCGGCAGUAAUCGUCAUUUAAACUUGUUUUUGUGCAAUGUUUCGUUUGGAAAACAGUUUUCAAAAUGGCAGCGCUGACACUUCACGUUUUGAAGUCUCGCACAAGUCUCGUGAAGAUCGCGCGGAUAAGCGACGCCUGCCGUGGACCAAACAAACUAAAUUCAACACGGCUAAAAACCGAAUAGGCCGCUAAGUAUAAUAUUGAAUUGCACUUAGUUGCCAAUACGAGUCACGAUAUAAGGUUACUCGAACCGAAAACGUAAUUGAAUAACAUGUUAAUUAAGAAAUGGAGCAAGUUCAAAAAUGACUUCAGUUCUCCUUUGAGUCAGGAUUGUUGUCUUUCUCUCUUUCGAUGAAAUGAAACCGAAAGAAAACGAGUUGGACCGAAGGGUGACAGUCACCUUGUGAAUGCUAACAAACCAACAAUGGGGGUGAAGGUGGUGCGUCCUCGCUGCUUCUUCGACAUCGGCAUCGGAAAUACGCUCGUCGGCCGUGUGGUGUUUGAGCUUUUCUCUGACGUCUGUCCCAAGACAUGUGAGAACUUCCGCUGUCUCUGUACAGGUGAGAAGGGGAUUGGGAAGACGACACAGAAACCUUUGCACUAUAAGGGCUGCCUGAUCCACAGGAUAGUGAAGGAUUUCAUGAUCCAAGGAGGAGAUUUUAGUGAAGGGAACGGCAGAGGUGGUGAAUCCAUAUACGGAGGAUUCUUUGAAGAUGAGAGCUUCUCUAUGAAACAUAAUCAGGAGUUCCUGCUGUCGAUGGCGAACCGAGGCAAAGACACCAACGGCUCACAGUUCUUCAUAACUACAAAACCUGCUCCUCAUCUGGAUGGAAUUCAUGUGGUGUUUGGUCAGGUGAUCUCAGGCCAGGACGUGAUCCGGACCAUCGAGAGUCAGAAGACGGACACGAGCAGCCGGCCGUACGCGGAGGUCAAGGUGCUCAACUGUGGAGAGCUCAUCCAAAAAUCCAAAGCCAAGAAGGAGAAGAAGAAGAAGAAACAGCAGUCGUCUAGCGAGAGUAGCGAGGACUCCUCGUCCUCCUCGGAGUCUUCCAACGAAUCCGAAGAGUCCGACAAGGAGGACAAGAAGCACAAGAAGAAACAUAAGAAGGAGCAGAAGAAAAAGAAGGAGCAGAAACACAAGAAGAAAAAGGAGAAGGGGUCUGAUGAGGAAGAAGCCAAGGAGGCGGAGCCUCAGCAGCCCGUUUCAUCUAUCCGUCCAGAGGAAGUCCCGCCCAUCCCAGAGAACCGCUUCCUGAUGAGACGCAGUCCUCAGCCUCAACCUAAAGAGGAGCAGGGCAAGGACAAACACAAGGAGAAUUCUGGGAAAGAGAGGCAGCGAGAACGGGAGAGGGACCGAGAACGAGACCGGGAGAGAGACAGGGAGAGACCCACGAUGAACUCGCGACCAAAUCGCACACGCCUGGUCAUGACCCGAUCCGGCCGGAGAAUUAAAGGAAGAGGACCCAGGCGCUAUCGGACUCCGUCGCGGUCUCGCUCUCGCUCCUGGGAUCGUUUCCGGCGCAGUGAGACUCCUCCACACUGGAGGCUGGAGAUGCAGAGGACCCAGAAGGUCAAACCCAAUACACAGACCACACAGGAGCGCUGGAUCAAAGGAGACAAGGGAGACGUGUCUCAGGAGAAGACGGAGACCACGGAGCAGCCAGAGAAAGAGAAAGCUGACACUGAGCAGGCACGAGAGAGGAAGGACUCUGAGCGAGAGAAGAAAGGCACCAAGAAGAACAGAUCCAGCAGCCCAGAUAAAGGACGAGAGAAGAGGAGUGGCAGACACCGCUCCAGGAGCCAAGAGAGGGACAAGCAAAAAAAAGCAGAUGGAGAGGCCGAUAAGAGAAAGCGGCGCAGUCGCAGCAAGAGCAAGGAGAAGAAAGGAGAGGAGGAUCAGAAACGCAGCAGAACAGAUGACAAAAGGGGCCAAUCCAGCAGCAAGGACAGGAAAGACAAAGACACAAGAAAGGACACGGAGGACAACAAGAGCAAGGAGCGGCCUAAACAGUCCGAGAGAGACGCAAGAGACAAGCGGGACGACUCCAAAAAGACAAAGAAUGGAGAGACUCGGCGUGAAAGAUCGCGAAGCAGAGAGAGAGAGCGUGAAGUCAAGCGACGGUCCAGGUCUCGGUCCAGAUCCCGGUCCAGAUCGAGAGGGCGUGGCCGUCGAGAAAGGUCACGCAACAGGGGUCAGGGCAAGCGACGAAGCAGCAGCCGGGACAGGAAGUCGCGUCGAUCAAAAAGCAGGGAUCAGAGAGGGAGAGGGCGGGAGGACGGAGAGAAGAAGCGGAGCAGCGACGUUAAAUCUGAUGACACGAAAAGCAAAGAGAGCAGAGCGAGAGACCAGAGCUCGAAAGAGCGGUCGAGUCAAAAACGCCGGAGCAGGGAGCGGAGUGCCAAACGGAGACGCGCAAAAAGCAGCAGCAGCUCAAACAGCGACACAGACAAACGCAAAAAGAGAGGAAGGAGCGAGAGCCCCAAAGCGAGAGAGCGAGCAAAAGACAAAUCGCGCAGCCCCAAGAAGGAUCACAAGAACGAGAAAAAGGACUCGAGCUCCAGUGACAGUGACUGACGCGGCCCAUGACCUCCACAUCCUCUGAACACCUCAUCCAGUCUUAAGAACUGCUGAUGCACCGAUCCCGUGUGUCCACUUUCAGCACGGUCAUGAGAUUAGAGCUCAGCGUCUUGGUGGAUAUCAACACUCGUACAAGACCGUUUUUUAACUCAACAGUUUGGCAGACUUUUAUUUCCCCUCAUCCCAAAUGUAGACGAGCCAAGGUGUGUGUGAGAGAGAGAUAGAGAGAGAGAGAUUUAUGUGUAACUAACAAGUAAUGACCAAUCAUAAACUUUUUAGCUAGCUAGCAUGUAAAAGCUUGUGUGCUGCCCUGUCCUGUUCUUUGGUUGCCUGGAAACUGCACUGAAUCAGCUACAAAGCAGUAAUCGAAAAUGGAGAGCUGUUUGGCGAGUUAAAGGAAUUCAAUACAGACGCAGAGAGGCCAGAGUCGUCAUCGUUUUCUGAGAGCGCGUUGUCAUAGAUUUAAGAGUUUAGGAAGUUGGUGGGCUGAUGUUUCGAAUAAAACCGCGGUGUUGCAUCUUCGCAUCAUAAGAAAAGUACCAGGGUGUCUAAAAAGUCAUAAAACAUUGAGUCAAACUACAGACACCGUAACAUUGAUGCAUUUUCUCAGCCUUUUGCUCAAGAUGUUCCUGUUGGUUCCUGAUGUGAUGAACAGACUCUGGAUAGCAUCCUUUAGUUUUCCUUGACCAUGCCGUAGGAGCAGGAUAUAAUAGACUUAGUCUGUCUACAUUCUCUGGAUAUGAGCAAUUGCGCGCUCUGAUUGGCUACUCUACUACUAGGAUGUUAGCUCGUAUAGCGCGAGUAGAGAACAAUAAAAUGGCGGGGCGUGUUGCUGAACCAAUCGAAGACAAAAAAAAACCUCGAAAACAAAACCCCAAAAAUACACAAAAAAAAGCAACGAAAUAAUGAAAAGUAUUUGAUGGUAAGAACGUAUAUCUAUUUUUCAAGAAUUAUUGCAUUUUUCACAAAUUGCUCCUGUCAUUUCGCCAGUUGGUUUACUUUCUAAGCGGAAAUGAUUUUGUCAGACUGUUUUAUGGGCGGCACGGCGGUGUAGUGGUUAGCACGGUCGCCUCACAGCAAGAAGGUACUGGGUUCGAACUCAGCGGUGUCUGCAUGGGUUUCCUCCAGGUGCUCCGGUUUCCCCCACAGUCCAAAGACAUGCGGUUAGGUUAAUAUGGGACGGUCUUGGGCUGAGGUGCCCUUGAGCGAGACACCUAACUCCCAACUGCUCCCCGGGCGCUGUUAGCAUGGCUGCCCACUGCUCUGGGUAUGUGUGUGUGCUCAUUGCUCACGUGUGUGUGUUCACUGCUUCAGAUGGGUGAAAUGUAGAGAGGAAAUUUCAUGAAGUGUGUCAUGAAUAAAGUUGUGCUUUCUUUCUUUUUGUAUAAAGUUUUUAUUUUUUCGAACUUGCAAAUGAUAAUUCUAUCCAUGUUCACUGGAUUGUGAGAAAUGGAGCUUUUUUUUUUUGCAUAUUUGAUAGAUAACUUUCUACAAAACGUCCAACAAAAUAAUUUCUGCUCAGGCGGACUUCUUAAAAAAACUAUCGAUAGCAGCACGAAUUGACUUUUUUUCUUUUUUGUAGUAGUAGUAGAAAGUGCCGUCUUGCUGCCGUGCCGAGGUAUAGAAUAGAAUUAGACGUUUAAUUCUUCCUUGGACAUUUCAGGUUUUUUUUUUUUUUUUUUCCCCCUCUCCCAUCCCGAAUCAGAAAAAGUUUUAUUGCCAAGUAAUUGUUGCAACUACAAGGAAUUUGUCUUGGAGUUAAGGUGCUAAAUAAAUAAAGUAUUAAAUAAAGACAGUCUAUUCUAAUAAAGGAGCUACAUAAAAACGGCCUGUUCUAAGAUAUUAAGAAAUAAGAACUAAAUAAAUAUAAAAAGAUUUAAAAUAAAUAAGCAACUGUGCAAAUCAGGUAAACAGUUCUGCAAUUUUCGAACUUCAUUGAGCUUUUGAACCUGUCUUAAAAAAAAAAAAAAGGAACGAAUUUUUAUGCUUAAAGAUGAAGAAUGCAAACAAACCAGUGAAAUGACAGGAGAAAUGCAAUAAAGUUUAAAAAAAAAAACUUGCCAUCAAAUACUUUAAUUCUAUAUUUAGUGUGGGGUUUUGUUUUCGAAUAGUUUUUAUUUCGUCCUCGGUUGGUUCAGCAACACACUCUGCCAUCUUGUUUUUCUCUACUCACGGUAUACGAGCUGAUAAAUCUAGCCAAUCAGAGCACGCGAUUGCUCAAAGCCAGUGAAUGUGGAUAGAAUAUAAUAGACAUACGACGGCUUUGUGAAGCACAUUUUUCUUCGUUUCAUCAAUGUUUUUGCAAACUUGUGUUAAAGGAACAGUCCACCGUACUUCCA